AUGUUAAUUACGCACAUGGAUGAGCGCCAAGACACACAAAGCGAGGCAAGCCAACAGACCAGAUAUGACAGAACAUCAUAUCCUAUCAUGUCUAGGAACAGCAUCAAUAGCAUACCGAACGACAGGGGAAGCAUCUCUGGCAAUGAGCCUCGCUACGCAAUUCAUACAUUCUCCAGCCGUGGACACGCAGGUUUGCCUUGCAGCUUAGAAAGGCAAAACUUUUCAUCGACCCCUUCGGGUCAACCUACUUGCAACGGCUCCCCCCGUGGAGGACGACAAAAUCGAACCGAAAAACGAAGACCAAGUCAAAGUUCAGAUGACACCUCUGUAUUCUCCAGUGGUGCGGGCAAUGCAGCCGAGCCCGGAACCUCGUCACAAGCCACCUCGGUUCACGAAGAGGAGGGCGACAAGCCGAACCUACAAACACAACAAGAGGAAGAUGGUCUGAAGGAGCCUGUCCAAGAAAUGGGCGGAGAGAAUUCUGAUUCUGGCCUUGAAAUUGAGGGCUCGACUUCGAGUCCCGGUGACGCGACACCAAAACCCAAUCCACCAAAUGGCACUUGCACACAACAGAAAGAGCAACCUGAGAAGGAAGUUGUCACAAAUCCGGAUCCUGCACCUGAGCCAAAAUCGCCUGUCGAAGUUGAAGGCGACCCAACUCCGGGUCCCGCUAAUGAUGGGACGCCCUCAGGCCAGCCUGGCCCAGCCUCAAAAUCUACUAGCCGACAGAAGAGUAUGUCAUCAUCUCGGUUUUUUGUAAACCCUAAAAAGCGCCAAUUCGGCCAUGACGGUGGCACAAAACCCCUCGGGGAGGGUCUGGUAGAAGUGAAACCUCAAAUUACUUGGUCGCUGGACGCCAAGCGAAAUUUCGAGGAGUCGCUCGACUGA